CUACACAAAGAAACCCUGUCUCGGAAUACAAAACAAAACAAAGAAAGAAAGAAAAAAAAUCACAAUGAGGCCAAAUAUAUAGGUAGAUCCAGAACCAAAAAUACAUGAGACGACGCUAAGAAGGCAAACGUAGGACGGCAGGCGAGAUGUGUGCAGACGUUCGGAUUUGGAAAAUCCAAAUUUAAAAAAAAAGAAAGAUGGGGGAGGGGCGGAGGGAGGCGGAGAGACAGAGCAGAGUCGGGAGUGUGAAACCCCUCGUACUUCUCUCCAAGCACACCCUUACCUUCCCUCACCGUGAUCAUCGUCUUUGCGUCUCCUCUGAGACCACCAACCGAACACUGCAGCCCCUCCUUCCCCCAUCCUCAGCCCUGCACACCCGGGAUCACCAAGGCACUGCACCUGCCGCCGUUAGUCAGCACAGGCCUGGUCUCUGCUGCCUCCAGGUGGCCAUGUGGGGUACUACCUCAGCGCGGCGCUGGAGGAGGACCAGUCAUCAGUGGAAGGCCCGGAGACUGAAGCAGGCGAAGGAGGAGGCUCAGAUGGAGGUGGAGCAAUACCGCAGGGAGCGUGAGCAGGAGUUCCAGAGCAAGCAGCAGGCGGCCAUGGGCUCUCAGGGGAACCUGUCUGCUGAAGUGGAGCAGGCCACCAGACGCCAGGUCCAGGGCAUGCAGAGCUCCCAGCAGAGAAACCGGGAGCGUGUCCUGGCCCAGCUCCUUGGCAUGGUCUGUGAUGUCAGGCCCCAGGUCCACCCCAACUACCGGAUCACUGUCUAGGAUGUCACAGGGACAGUGUCCCUAGAGGCUGACUCCUGCCAGCUCCUUCCGCAGAGAAAUAUCCCAGCUUGAAAUUGCUUGCUUGUGUAGCAUGCACAGAGUCCUGGCUUUGAUCCCUAGUACCCCCCGCUCCCGACACUUCACAUAUUAACCUGUUCCUGGGAGAGAUUAUCCUAGGGGACAGGAGCCAACAUUCUCCUGCAAGACUUACAAACAGCCUACUCAAACCCGAACCUCUGUGUUCCAUGAGACCACUGGAACUAUACUAACGAAUGCCCAAGUCAUCCUCACCCGAGCCUUCUGUGAAGCGUGUGACAUGGUGAUGGGGGUGUGGAACGCACCCUGAUUUCAGAGCUGGCGGGUUUGGGCUCCUCUCCCUCUGUUCCUUGCUGGCUGUGAGACUGGGACAAGCUAUUUAACCUGCCCCAGCGCCCUCCUGUUCGUAACUGGAAUGAUAAUAGUGCUCGCCUUGUAAGGUGGUGCUAUGACCCGUGCUGUAAGAAGUCAGCACAGCUCCAGAUGGGCACUAGUGAUUUGAUGAAUGGCAAGUCCGUGUUAUGACCACCACCCUGACCCCCACUUGCCUGCCCAAGUCCUAAUAAUCUGUUCUAGGCACUCCAUGAUGCUCGGUCAUUGUGACUCCAGCAAUCUCUAAAGAAUGUCUGUGCUGCUCUUCCCAGGCACAUCAUGGCCCCUAAAAAGUCAGUAUGAUAAUGUGUUAGCCCCUCUCAGAGUCCCAAGUGUAUAUUGAACCCCUUAGCACCUCUCUAUGUUUCUUGUGAGUGGGUCUCCCUUUGGCUCUCCUUUCCUGUUUUCCCAAAGCCUACUUACUGCACCUCAGAGCUGAAGUGAUGCGGUGAUACCCACCUUCAUGGGUUCCUUUCUGUGCCCUCAACACCCCGCUUCCCCGUGCAACACCAGUGUCAAUAAAGUAUCGACAUCGUGUCA